AUGUUAACUGUCGAUCCAGUUGAACGUGCAAACGCAGAUUAUAGUAUAAAACAUCCAUGGUUACGAAAACAUAAUGGCGCUAGACCACAAUAUUCGCCAUUAGAUUUCUCAAAUGAAGUUAUAACACCAAUAACUGAACAAAAAUCAAUUAAUGAAAUGCGUAAUGUAAAGAAAGAAUUUGCAAUAAUAUCAUCUGGUUUAACAAAACAUUUAUCACUUAUUCGUUCAACAUCAUAUGAAGAUGUUAAAAGAAAAAAAAAUUGUAAAAAAAAAUCAAUAUAA